UUCCCAUCUUACUAUUUGCACAUUUCCCCCUCAAACGUUUAGGAGCCACUCCCUGCAGCAAGCAUCCACGCCCAUCGCCAUGGAUGUUGAGCUGUAUGUGUAUGACCUGUCCAAGGGCCUCGCGCGAAUGUACUCGCUGCCCUUGACGGGCACCCAAAUCGAUGCCAUCUAUCAUACGGCGCUGGUGCUGAACGGCGUCGAGUACUACUUCGGCCAGGGCAUCCAGACAGCCAUCCCCGGCAGCACCCAUCACGGCCAGCCCAUGGAGAAGCUGCACCUGGGCAAGACGGAGCUCCCCGCCGACGUGAUCGAGGAGUACAUCCAGUCGUUGGCGGAGAUUUACACCCCGGAGUCCUACGACCUCUUCCUGCACAACUGCAAUAACUUCACACAGGACCUGGCCAUGUUCACGCUGGGCACCGGAAUCCCCGAGCACAUUCAAAACCUGCCGCAGACCUUCCUCAGCACCCCCUUCGGGCAGAUGAUGAAGCCGCAAAUCGAAUCGGCCCUGCGCGGUGUAACCCAAGGCACUGGCGGCACUGAUGCUCGAGCGCCGGCUCCUGCAGCACCAGCCCCGGUGGCCGUUCCUGUUACCCAAGGCACGGUGCGAAUGGCAAGCAGCCUGGCGCAGCUGGAGCAACACCUGGCCAGCGCGUCUCAGUCGUGCGCCGUCAUCUUCUUCACCUCGGCGACCUGUCCGCCCUGCAAGAUGGUGUAUCCGACCUACGACGAGCUGGCCGAAGAGGCCGGGCCCAAAGCGGUGCUGAUCAAAGUCGACAUCAGCAGCGCGAUGGACGUCAGCACGAAAUACAGCGUGCGCGCCACCCCGACCUUCAUGACCUUCCUGAAGGGCGCGAAACUGGACCAAUGGACCGGGGCCAACCCAGCCCAGCUGCGCGGCAACGUGCGCGUGCUGGUGGAGAUGGCGCAUCCCCCCCAUCCGCACCGCCAGCUUCGGCUCCCCAGCUUCGAACGCCCCAUCACCAACUACGUCACCUACAAGAAAGUGCCGCCGCUCGACAAGCUCGUCCAGAAACUGCAGCCGCACCACGAAGACCCACGUCUCGUCUCCAUCCUGGCCUUCCUGAAGCACCGCUCCACCACCCCAACAGCCGCCAACACCCCCCUGCCCCCCUCCCUCCCCUCCUUCGCCAGCUACCUGCAAACCACCCCGGCGCUCCUCCCCCUGGCCAACCAAUUCGCCCUCGUCGACCUCGCCCGGCUGCUGUUCCUCGACCCGCGCGUCUCGGGCUACUUCGCCGCCGAAGACCCCUCGCACGCCACCCUCCUCACCCUCCUCUCCCCGUCCACCCCCCUCACCUCCUGUCCCUAUCCUCUCCGCAUCGUCAUGCUCCAGCUCGCCUGCAACCUCUCCACCACCCCCCUCUACCACCCCAGCCACCUCACCCGGACUCCCGCCGGCACCCAACUCCUCAAGACCCUCCUCCACCUCACCACCUCCUCCCUCCUGGACCCACACACCAACCUCCGCGUCGUCGCGGCCUCCCUCGCCUACAACCUCACCGCCGAGAACCACAACGCUCGCUUCGAGUCCCUUCCCGACCCGCUGUCCGAGGAAGACCAGGUCGAGCUGACGGCGUCGCUGGUCGAGGCGAUCUCCCAGGAAGAGGAGAGUCAGGAGGCGUUGCAUGGGCUGCUCUUUGCGUUGGGGCUGUUGGUGUAUGAGGCGGAGAGCGACGGUGCGGUGGUGGAUUUGUGUAGGGUCAUGGGGAUUCAGGAGACGGUAGUCGGGAAGAGAGGGGUGGAUAAGGUGAGCGGGGAGGGGUUGAUUAAGGAGGUGGGUGAUGUUUUGCUGGGGAAGGGGUUGUAG